CUGUGCAGAGCUGUGGCCCUCCAGGAAUUGAGUUUGAGACCAAUGAUUUAUACAGACAGCACUGUACCUAAAAGUUUAAUUAUUUAUAAUGAAAUUUAUUUCUGAGAUCUCUUAACUGGGAAUCUCAACAAUAAAAUAACCGAAAGCAGAUUGCUGCUUGUUAUUUAUUACAAACCCCUCUGAGAUACUAGAUCAAUGUUGAAUAUAAGCUAUGCAUAAGACAAACCAAUAAACCCGCAAUUACUGACACAUUCGAGUAGCUCUUUAAAGAAGCUCAUUUGACAACAGAGCCCAUGGCUGACACAUCACAGAGCCCAGAGCUGACACAUCACACAUAAAAGCUGGAAAAUAGUUGUAGACGUCUGUCUAACAUUGACAUAAAGUAGAUUAUUUGACAGUCACAGCUCCACAUCCAGGGACUCAAUAGAUCUGUGUCCAUUUGCCAAUAUACCUCUCAUUUUUAUCAAUUGUUUUCAUUAUUUUUAUUCCUAGCUGGAAACUUCAGCAACACACCAAUGAAACUUACAAUGUUAGUGCUUAUCACUGAAAUCUUCUCUCCAUGUGUAAAUGUAUUCAGAGCCGAUAUGCAGAAUCUAAGACUGCUCGUCUUAACUGUGCUGUUUUAAUCAGCAUUCUCUGCAACUCUCAAAGCCCAAGAAAAGUCUCAGACUCUGUUUUUUGGGGAAGACUUCCACAUCCUCGUGCCGGCAGAUGGAGCUGAUGUGACGUUCAGGUCUUCGGUUGUCCAAAGUCCUGAGAAGACUCUGAUGAGUUCUGGGAAAGUGGUGGAGCUUCGUGCCAAACUCAACUCUGCUUCGAAGCACCUGAUCUUGGAGAAUGUUGGAGAAAAUGAUGAAGGAGUCUAUACCAUCACAUCUCCCCAAAAUCCAGAGAAUGUUACACGCAUCACACUCUAUGUUAGAGAUUGCUCUAGUGAGGACUUCAUUAACUACGGCUUAGAUUUUCAAGUAUCACUGUAUAAUAUCUUAGGCUCAGUGCGUGUGGGCUAUCGCCACAGCCCUGUGGAGGCCAAUCAGACAUUGUUGCCGGCUAAGGAACUGCUAAAUGCUGAUGGAACGCCCAAGGAGAAUUACCAGGACCGCAUUGAGAUCACUUCUCAAAUGUUCACUUUGCGUGCUGUUACAGGGGCUGAUGAAGGCAGUUACACCUUUAGUGAUUCCAUUGGGAAAGUCCAAAAGAAGAUCUGCCUAAAUGUGCAAGCACAUCUGAUAUUUGUGACCCUUUCAUAUGGUGGCACUCUGAAAAUAAACCUGCACAUGAAUAGCUCCCUAGCUCGCCUACUGUAUAUGCCUCAGUCUGAUAAAUAUAAGUAUUUGAUUAUGGAGAACGGACAGUUCAACCUGCCUCCUAACCUGGAUCUUGAGGGUCGUCUCUCUUUGGAGGACUCUUUUUGUCUUCUUACGGACAUGAGGGCCAGCGAUGCCGGAGUUUUCAGUGUGACUGACCUUCAGGGAUUCCUGGUGUCUGAUGUCCACCUGGAGAUGGAAUCAUACAGGCUUCCUAAUAUCAACAUUGCUAUCAUUGCUCUGGUAGCAUUACUGGUGUUGCUGCUGUUGGUGUGCUUGGUGUCAUGCUUGGUAGAGAUACGCAAACGUCCAGCAAAGGCCAGGGCCAUUGAGGAGAAAGUCCAAAAUGCAGGCAAAGUGGAGGGAGAUGCCUUCAGACAGGUUGUUCAAGAUGUCUGUACCCGUCAGAAUGAGGAAGCCCCGGCCCUGUCACAGAAAGAAGACAUCACUGAGAAAUCACAGAGCACAGAGAUCAGCAUUAAGGGUUUGGAAGUGUCAACUAAAGACCCAAGCCUUCAAGAGAGGAACAUGGAGACCAGUGACUCUGGAGUGGGCUUUAAUACCACUGGACUCCCGCUUGACAGUGACACUGAUGCCCCAACAGCAACCAUAGCAGAUUCUGAUGUAUUGAGUUCCUUUGCUGCCCCUGAUGUCAAAGCCAUUCCCGACCAAAUUCCAGAGUCAAAGAAAGCUCCCUCACCUCCAAAACCAGCACCAACUGCUGAUCUGAAACCAGCACCUGUGGCCAAGUCGACAGCUCCUCCACCGCCAUCUCCAGAACCCAAACCACCCGUAACACCUGAACCUGAACCCAAGCCAGCAGUCACUCCAACACCUGAACCAAAACCUGCUGCUACACCUGAACCCAAAAUGACCAUCUCACCACCACCUGAAACAAAACCCACCUUAAGCCCAUCACCAGAUCCCAAGCAACCUGUGACCCCUGAUCCAAAACCAACUCCAGAACCUGAGGCAACAACAACUGAUGUUAAACCAAUUCCAAGUCCAACCCCUGAAACUCUAAAAGCAGUACCACCAACUCCUGAUGCAAAACCAGCAGUUUCACCUACUCCUGAACCCUCACCAGCUACAGUUGGCACUCCUGAACAGAAACCCGCUGUGAGUCCUCUAGUUUCUGAGCCUAAACCAGCUUCACCCACUCCACAGUCUAAACCACCAGUCUCAGAGAUCCUCGACUCAAAACCAACUACAAAUGGUACUCCAGAAUCUAAGGCUGACAUUGAGUCAGAGCCACGUGCACCCAUAUCUCCUGGGCUGGAUGUGAAGGGCACAACCCCUCCCAAAACCCCUGAUACUGGGAAAAGCUCAGGCAAAACUCCUGAGCUCAUCUCCAGUGGAGGUCUAGACUCGGCUUCCCCCAAUGACAGUGCACCACCCUCAAGCACUGAUGGAGCUGCCACCGACUGAGAUUAAAACGUAGCCUCUUUCCUGCCUCCUCCUAGUGUAUUAACCACCACAGACAAUCGAGACACUAGACUUAACAACAACGAAGAGCUAAGCGACUUCGACUUUUAAAUCUCACUUUUAAUACAAUUAACAUGCAUCAAAAGAAAGAAUGCACUGUAAAUCCACUGAGUUUACUUGUAUUUAAUCACCCUGUAACAGAGUUCAAAUACAGAAAAGAAGCAUUUUACACCACUGGCUAAUUUAAUACAGAAUGAGGAUGGCUGUCUGGGCUGUUCCAAGAAAGUGUAGAGACAAAUCUUCCUUCACAAAAUAAUACAUCAAUGCAUGUAGAUGUUGGCAAAAUAAAUUAUAUUAUCGCUUUCGUAAUCCAAGUUACUGUGGUUGAAUUUGGGGAAAGGCACACAGGAACAUUGGACAAUAAUCAUUUUCAUUCUAUAAGAGAUAAUUUCUGCUACAUUUCGACCAGUUGGGGAAUCCGAAUAGCAGGACUGAUACUGAGAAAGCAAUCAACCUUCUGCUGUCAGAGGACUGGAAAAGUGGAAAAAUCACGUGUCACUUUGAUGCAUGCGAGUCAACAUGUCAUUUUGACAAAGGAGAUGAACAAGAAAACUACAGGAGUGCAAAGCAGAAGGAAUAAUAACCAUUUGACCAAAAAAAAUAAACAAAAAAUAAAUCAUAAUCCUUCAUAGACUAAUCCGUGACUCUGGGACUGGAGGAUAUUUUUGCAAAUCUUCUUCUAUCAAUCCAACCUGUGACGCUAAUCUCACGGAUGUUCUUGUCCAGUGAUGUGACAGUGAAUAUUUUCUGUUCAUUCAGUAACAAAAAAAAUUGUUGUUGAAAGUUCUUUACAUGAUCAAAAAUCUGUAAUCUGUAAAAAAUUGUUGAUGGCAAUAGUAUAUGUUAACAGGUUUGCUUCUUUGAGUGAGCUGUUUUCAGACUGAUAUAUAUAAAUAGUAAGGCUGUUUCCAUCAUUAGCAAAUUUUCUGGUGCUUUGGGAUUGAAAUUACUUGAUCCUACUAAUAUUUGCCAAAUGCAUUUUGGUUCAAAAAAGGAAUUAUGCAAAUCAGGAGAUGAGAAAAACGCGAUAAAAAAAUAAAUAAAUAAGUGAAUGAUUGGUGUUCAAGCAUGCAGCAGACUAUUGCAAUAUGCUGUACUUUUACAGAAUCUCUCCACCACUGCAAUACAAACAACUGAAUUGUUUUUUUUUUUUUUUAUGUUUUCUCAAUAGCACACCACUUUUGCAAUUGUUUCAUUAUCAUUUCAUGAAUUAUUCCCACAAUCAAAAAUAUACUCAAACACAUUACAGAAAAAGGAAGCAUGUUUGGGUUGAAAAUAAUGGUAGUGAUUGCAGGUGGUUAUUGAAUAAGACUAUUUCAGUAAAGUUUUUUACUGAAAUACAGUGCGCAAAAGUGGGUCAAGCAGAAAAUUAGCCUGAAUGUCUUGCAUAGUUAAAUUUACUGAUUCUUGUUGAUUUAGGAGCAAGUGGACAUGGUUUGUAAGAAGAUCUAAAUUGUUUGUGUUGCUACAGUGUUACACAAAUUAUUUUGUAUUUAUAAUCAUAGUUGAAAGACAAUACAGUCUCACAUAUCAGUUUACAUUAUUCCUGGUGCCUCCGGUAGAACCUAAACACCACUGCCUGUUAAUGUUGUAUGCUCCUAAAACACAAUCUGUGGGAGCUGAUGUUACAUCACAGUGAGUAGUGGGGUGAUAGCUAACUCGAUAUUUGUAUCACCAUUUUGUAGUGUAGGCUGAACUGACAGACUGGAGGUUUGUGGUUAGAUUUUGUAACCGAAGAUGAUCACUACCUCACAUUUAUGAUUGAAUAAAAAAAGUAAUAAAACAGCAAUUAAACAACAUUGCAAGGUAUGUUGACAUUAAAUAAAAAAGUAGAUUUUUGGCAAGGCACAAGGUUUGAAGCACAGUCAAAGGUUUACAAAACUCAAUCAGAUAUUUGGAAAUGCCUAUCCCAGAAACCCCUGAAAACUAUUUUGUUUCUUCUGAGCCUUUAACAGACGUUUUAAUAUCAGUGCAUGGAAAUGUCACUUGAAAGCAAAACAGUCUAUGUGUCACAUCUCAUAAUGUAAAUAUUACAAACCCUAGAGGUCAUAACCCUAGGAGCACUGUAGCAUUAAAAAAUAAAAUGAUGAUGUAUCCCUGACAAAACUGAUUUGGUGACCAAAAUGGAUCCAUAGUAAAUAAAUCUGAUUAAAAUGGCUAAUGAGCAAACAAUUUAAUUGUUUGUUGCACUGGUCGAUUGGACACUGAUCUUGGACUUGGACUACACAGGCUGUUAGACAUGAGCUUGCUUUCACAUGUUCUUACUUUCAUCUCUAGCAAAUGAUGUCACACUUAAGUGCAUUCCGGUAAUGCACAUUACACAAGUUUCCAGGCAAAAUCAAUUUUCUGCUGGUCACUCACUGAAUCCUCACAUCUUAAAGCAGAAGAUCAUGCUUAAGAUAUUCAUCACCCUUCAGUAAACUGCUUCUGAUAUUAGUCUUGUAUUAUGAUAUGUUUACUGUCUGCUUUCAUAUUUUGUGUGUUGAUGUUUGUGUUGUAUGUAUGUGGAUGCAAAAUGGUAUUUUUGAUGAGAGAUUAUAGAUGUAAUUCAUCAUUGGCAACAUCAGGGGGCCUGUAUGUGUUUGUACAAGUGCAUGUGAGUAUGUUUGUGUGUGCCCAUGUGGUAGCAACAACCUCCAUUGGAUAGCUGUCAUAUCAAUGCAAUUAGCAAUGUCCCUUUUCUCCCUUUUCUGGCUGGUAAUUGCUGUUCCUUUUUCAGUGGUAUUAAAUUCAGAUGCAAUUUAAGGGAGUGCACAGUGCAAGAUUUAUAUCAAAAUGGACUCCAUGCUGUCUAGUGGUUGCUCUCAGUUUUGAUGCCAAGAUAGCCGUGUUACAGUCGUUUUUAUUUAAUCUACGCUGAAGAAUACACCAAUGGAAUAGUAAUUUAGUUAAUAUAGCAUUUUCCCCUUGCUCAAAGCGCUUUGAAUAAUUCAUACACUAAAGUAAUGAUGCAUCGUUAUUGCAUGCUAAAGAGUUACGCUCCCAUAGUGUCUAUCUGUGCUAGUGUGGUCAUGCAUAUGUAGCAGGUAGUGUGUAGAUGUCUAAAAGAAGUACUCUGUUUUUCAUCUAUCGCACGGCUCUGCAGGUCUCUGAUUGGACAAUUCCAUUGUGUAAAACAUCCCUUCCAUGGAUGUCACAAAAAAAAAAUUGCAUUCUACAUGUCACCCUAUAUCUUUCCAUUCCAUUGGUCAGACCUGAUUUGUUGAAAACAUUCUAAAGGGCAUUAAAAGGAUAGUUCAUCCAAAAAUGAAUAUUCUGUCACCCUCAUGUUGUUCUAAAGCUUUUAAGUUUUAGAACAGCUUAAAGGGAUAGUUCACCCAAAAAAAUUACAAUUUGAUGUUCAUCUGCUUACCCCCAGAGCAUCCAAGAUUUAGGUGACUUUGUAUCUUAAGUAGAACACAAACAGAGAUUUUAACUCAAACUGUUGCAGUCUGUCAGUUGUCUCUCAUAUGGACCACUGACACUCUAUCUACAAUCUCAUUUAAGAGUGUUAAUGGUCAAUUUGAGAGAUAGGUGGUGGCAAUGCACUUAUAAGUCUGUGAUCCGCCGUAAAGCAAAAAGAAGAAGAUGCGAACAUGCUCAGGACAGUUCAGACAUUGUGGUGAAAAUCAGAGGUAAAAAACAAUAUAAAUACUGUUUAGUUCCUUGCACAGAUUGAUGGUUUUGUGUCUUUACACAUCAGUGUUUCAUCACGAGCCACAGGGUUUAAUUUGGUUUUG